AACCAUCAGUACGCAGCCAACAUUUGAUAGGUUUGUCAACUUUAGCGUAGUGUGUGUGCAAGCGGAGAUAGAAUAGCGUAUCAUCAAAACAAACCAAAACCACAAGAAGUGCAGAUAAGAUUUCUAAGCACGAUCAUCUUGGCCGAUGUUAUUAGGCCAUACGUUAUCAAUUUGAAACCGCAUAAAACCAUAAAGCGACAUAAACCAAAUCACCACUAAUCAGAUCAUAGAUGUGUGUUCUGCGAAUGGUACGAUGAUCCCGUGGAAUGAUAAGCUGGGUCUGUUUGUUAUCUGACCAACAGAGAGAAAACAGUGAAUCCCAAAUCCAAAUCAGUGUUUACAGCGCUAAAACUGACCAAUAGCAUUCUUUAGAUAGGAGGGGAUUAUGGAAGCGUCACAACCAUAAGGAAACAGAGCUGCAGCUUCGUGCGUUUGUCCUUGGGACGGUUGCAGUUUUUGUUUUAUAAAGAGAGCAUAUCAUCGUGCGAAAAUGGUUAUCGCACUCAGUUACCAGCACUCGUUUGCCAUCGAAGGAUCUUUAGUUUGCGUUUGCAGCGCGCUAGAAGGUCACCCGAUUUGUGACGAUCGCUACUUGUGAUCGCCUCACCGUAGUGUUUCAUUCCGUUCGAUUCCAGUUGAGCAUUGGCAGAGAUCGAAGACGUUUGUGCCGAAAAAUAGUGCGUGCAUAUUUGCUAGUAAAUUGUCAUCAAUUAAAGUGAUCUUGACCUGUGCUGUGAUACGAUUCUGCUCUUUGUUCCGUUUGUGUCAGAAUCCGUUAAAGUAGAACCAUGUCAAUGAGCUCCGUAACCGUGUCGGAAACGGAUAAGAAACUGACCCAGUUUCGGAACUGUCGCGUACUACGCAAUCAUGGGCUAGUACAGGACGAUGUUUGGGUGCGCGGUGGUAAGAUCAUCGAUCCAGAGAAAGUGUUCUUCGAUGAAAAGUUACAGGCGGAUGUACAGAUCGAUUGUCAUGGUUGUAUCGUUGCACCAGGCUUUAUCGAUCUACAAAUCAAUGGUGGAUACGGUGUUGACUUUUCUUUUGAUGUUGAAACCGUCGAGGAAGGAGUACGAAAGGUAGCCAAAGGACUAUUAGCUCACGGUGUUACAUCGUUUUGUCCGACACUGGUCACAUCGCCAUCAGAAACCUACCACACUGUGUUGCCCCGCAUUCCCAGAACGGCAGGCGGACGACAUGGUGCUACCGUGCUGGGCUGCCACGUGGAGGGACCGUUUAUUAACACUAACAAAAAGGGAGCUCAUCCACCGGAGUGUAUCAAAGAGUUUGAUCAGGGUAUCGCGACGGUGCGCGAGGUUUACGGUUCGAUGGAUAACGUGCAGAUAAUAACGCUCGCACCGGAGAAGGUCGGAGCUACGGAAGUCAUACAGGACCUAAGCAACAAUGGAAUCACGGUUUCGGUGGGCCACUCGAUGGCAAAUCUAAGCGAUGGUGAGAUUGCGGUACAACACGGUGCAAGGCUCAUCACGCACCUGUUCAACGCAAUGCUUCCGUUCCAUCAUCGUGAUCCGGGGUUGGUUGGAUUGCUGACAACCGAUAACAUUCCGCACGAUGCGCUCGUGUACUUUGGUAUCAUUUCGGAUGGUGUCCAUACGCAUCCGGCUGCUUUGCGUAUCGCAUACAAAACGCAUCCGACCGGUUUGAUCCUGGUGACGGAUGCUAUAUCGGCUAUGGGGCUGGCCGAAGGACGCCAUCGCAUCGGACAGAUGGAGAUAGAAAUUCGUGCCGGGCGAGCGUACGUCGCCGGGACAAACACGCUGUGUGGUAGCAUUGCCCCGAUGGAUGAGUGUAUUCGAUUCUUCAAAAAGGCCUCCAAUUGCUCUAUUGAAUACGCGUUGGAGGCUGCUUCCCUUCAUCCGGCCCGUUGUAUAGGGAUAGAGAAGCGCAAAGGAACAUUGGACUUCGGUGCGGAUGCCGAUUUUGUGCUGCUGGACGAUCAAUUGCAUGUGCAAUCUACAUGGAUUGCGGGAGAGUGUGUCUAUCGAGGCAAAGAGAUUGUCUCAAACGCUUUGUAAAAGCGUUCCGGCGUGCCAAUCGUCAUUUAAAUAUGAGGACAAUUUGAUAAAUAAAUUGAAUAAA